AUGCUUGCUGGCGAUCUCUACUACGCCUUCACGCCGCAGCUGGUGGCUGAGCGCACCGCGGCGCGCCACCUGGUUCACGCGUUCAACACCGAGCUCGACGAGGCAAAGCGCCUGGAGGUGCUGCGGCAGCUUCUGGGCGGCUUCGACGAGGAGCAGCCGCCAUACAUCGAGCCGCCGCUCCGAGUUGAUUAUGUAAGCCUUGAGGUGAUCCUCGACGGCGCGCCCGUCACCAUCGGUGACCGCGUCCUGUUUGGCCCUAACGUGCAGGUCUACCCUGCCGGCCACCCGCUGGAGGGCGCUGUGCGCCAGGGCACCAAGGGGCCUGAGUUUGCUAAGCCCAUCACGGUUGGCAGCGACACCUGGGUGGGCGGCGGCGCCAUCAUCCUGCCAGGCGUCAGCAUCGGCAACAACUGCGUGGUCGGGGCGGGCUCGGUGGUCACCAAGGACGUGGCGCCCUACACAGUGGUGGCAGGCAACCCGGCCAGGGUGGUGCGGCGGCUGGACGCGGGCGGCGGCGAAGGCAGCGGCAAGGCUUGA